AUGGCCGACAAACUCCGCGCUCAGCAGAACCUCGAGGCCCUGCAAGCCCGCUACAUCGGCACGGGCAGUGCGGAUACGGCGGCCGCCGAGUGGCACGCCAACGUCGCCCGCGACACGCUGGCGUCCUUCGUGGGGCACCCGCCCCUCCUCACGUACGCGGCGAUCGGGCUGGGGCAGUCGCGCGAGCAGACGCGGCUGCAGAUGAUCGAGCAGAUGGCGUGGGGCGCUGGGCUGCCGCCGGCGAAGAAGGAGAGCAAGAAGGAGGCGGAGGUCAAGGAGGAAGUCAAGAUCAAGACAGAGGAGGAGGAGGUUCAGUACGACUGGCCUCCUCCUCCCCGACCGCCGAAGGAUGCGCCCAAGGCGGACAAAUACGGCUUCGGGCCGGACGGGCAGCGCGCCCGUUUCUGA